CUCCAUAUCCCAGCCAAGUCCCCUUCUUCAGACUCCACCUAACGUUACACCGGCCGGUCAGCCUCCAGUCCACCACCGCGCUCGACGUCUCGACGCUUCCACCCGCCGAGGGCCGGGCGCCGCACAGCCUCAAGUUCCCCGCGCGGGCGCGCGAGAGCGUCUUCGAGCCUCGCCCCGGCCCUUACACCCGCCGCGAGGUAGGGAGCUAGCUCCGGCGUCGACGCCCGUUCGUACGCACGGCACCGGGGCCGGGCGAGGGCGGCGCGGCACGGCGGGCGGCGGAGGAAUGCGGAUGGGGAAGUACGAGAUGGGGCGGACGCUCGGGGAGGGCCACUUCGGCAAGGUGAGGCUGGCGCGCCACGCCGAGACGGGCCGCGCCUUCGCCAUCAAGAUCCUCGACCGCCAGCGCAUCCUCGCCAUGAAGAUCGACGAGCAGAUAAAGAGGGAGAUCGCCACGCUGAAGCUGCUCAAGCACCCCAACGUCGUCCGGCUCUACGAGGUUUCAGCAAGCAAAACAAAAAUAUACAUGGUCCUUGAGUAUGUAAAUGGAGGAGAAUUAUUUGACAAAAUCGCAUUGAAGGGUAAGCUGACUGAGAAGGAAGGGAGAAAACUAUUCCAGCAGCUAAUCGAUGCCGUAGGCUAUUGCCACGAGAAGGGGGUUUAUCAUAGGGAUCUCAAGCCAGAGAAUGUCCUUGUUGAUGCGAAAGGAAACAUAAAGGUAUCUGAUUUCGGACUAAGUGCACUUCCACAAAAUCAACGGAAAGAUGGUUUGUUGCAUACCACAUGUGGCAGCCCUAACUACAUAGCCCCUGAGGUCCUUCUGAACAAAGGUUAUGAUGGCUCGAUGGCUGAUAUAUGGUCCUGUGGUGUUAUUCUAUAUGUAAUGCUUACAGGGAAUCUUCCAUUUGACGACCAAAAUGUGGUUGUCCUUUAUCAGAAGAUUCUGAAGGGGAAUGCUCACAUUCCAAAGUGGCUCUCACAAGGUGCCCAAGAUAUACUGCGAAAAAUUCUGGAUCCUAACCCAAUUACCCGCAUAGAUGUGGAUGGGAUAAGGGCACACGAUUGGUUCAAGCAAGGUUAUACUCCUGCUGUGCCAUUUACUGAUGAUGAAGAUAUCAGCAUGGAUGAAGGCAGCUUAAAUGUGACUGAGCAUAAUGGCAUUCAAGACAACAUAGCAAUCAACCAAAUCAAUGCUUUCCAGCUCAUUGGGAUGUCCUCCUGCCUUGAUUUAUCUGGAUUUUUUGAGAAAGAGGAUGCUUCGGAAAGGAAAAUCAGAUUUGCAUCAAAUCAUUCCCCAGCUUAUUUAUUUGAGAAGAUUGGGAGCAUCGUCAGAAAAAUGGGUUUCCAAGUACAUAAGAGCAAUGGCAAGCUAAAAGUGAUCCAAGAUUGCAAGGGAUCAGCAAAUUCCAGAGGGAAAGAAUCAUUAUUAAUUUCUGCGGAGGUGUUUGAGAUCAAUGAAUCUCUUUAUGUGGUCGAGCUAAAGAUCAUCUGGAGACUGCUCCCUGUACAGAAAGUUGUGUGAGACGCUCUCAGAGGACUUGGGCAUAUGCAAAAGCCAGCAACUUUUAAAGCAAGAUUCUAUUAAACAAGAAAUAGGUAGAUAUAAUAGUAGCUUUUAACAAAAAGCCCCCUGCUAACUAAGCAGUAGACAGAAACUAACAAAAACAAUAUACUGAAUUUAAAAAACAGUAUAUUGGCCACGCACCUAUUACAAGUGUGCGUUCUUAUGCCUUUUGUCAUGGAUCUAGCCUUUAGAGGCUUAGAUCACAACAAAUUGGCAACUGACAUGUAUGGAAUUUCUCCUAAUGGAUAAUAUGAUGUAAACGAGUAAACUAUACAUAUAAGGGUUUCUGAGUUACCUGGUCC